UUUACUCUCUAUUCAAUCAAACACCUUCCCUAAACUACUCCAUCUAUCAUUCUUAUUCACUUAUCUCCAUCACUCUCUCUCAGAUAAUAAACAAAUAUGGAUCUUACUGAUGUUAUCAUUUUCUUGUUUGCUCUCUAUUUUCUCAACCUAUGGUGGCGCCGCUACUCCUCCUCCCGAAGCAGCCAAUGUCGCAUGAACAUCCCGCCGGGACCAAAAGGUUUGCCACUAGUCGGAAACCUACUCCAAGUCAUAUUCCAAGGUCGACAUUUCGUCUUCAUAAUGCGUGACUUACGUAAAAAGUACGGUCCAAUAUUCACCAUGCAAAUGGGACAACGUACGAUGAUUAUUGUCACGGACGAGAAACUCAUCCACGAAGCUCUAGUCCAACGCGGCCCUACGUUCGCUUCCCGCCCACCGGACUCGCCGAUCCGCCUCAUUUUUAGCGUCGGAAAAUGCGCUAUCAACUCGGCUGAGUACGGAUCUUUGUGGCGGACUCUGAGGAGGAACUUUGUGACAGAGCUUGUGACCCCGACGAGAGUUAAGCAGUGCUCGUGGAUAAGGACGUGGGCUAUGGAAAAUCAUAUGAAGAGGAUUCAAACGGAUAGUGUUGAGAAAGGUUUCGUCGAGGUUAUGAGUCAGUGUAGGCUAACGAUCUGUAGCAUCUUGAUAUGUCUUUGUUUCGGAGCCAAGAUCAGCGAGCAAAAGAUCAAGAACAUAGAGAAUGUUCUUAAGGACGUCAUGCUUAUAACUUCUCCGAAGUUACCAGACUUUUUACCGGUUUUCACUCCGUUAUUUCGGCGUCAGGUUAGAGAAGCGAGAGAGCUAAGGAAGACGCAGCUCGAGUGUCUCGUGCCAUUGAUAAAAAACCGUCGUGCCUUUGUUGACGCUAAGGAGAGUGCUAACGAAGAGAUGGUGAGUCCCAUUGGUGCAGCUUAUGUGGAUUCUUUGUUUAGUUUGAAGGCGGUGGAGAGAUGCGGUGAGCUAAGAGAUGAAGAGAUAGUGACUUUGUGUUCGGAGAUUGUCUCGGCCGGUACGGACACAAGUGCAACUACGCUUGAAUGGGCGUUACUUCAUCUAGUGACCGACCAAAACAUUCAAGAAAAGCUGUACGAGGAAGUUGUUGGAGUUGUUGGCGAAAACGGCGUCGUUGAAGAGGACGACGUGGCGAAGAUGCCUUACUUGGAGGCAAUAGUGAAAGAGACUCUCCGUAGACAUCCUCCGGGACAUUUUCUUCUCUCUCACGCCGCCGUGAAAGAUACGGAGCUUGGCGGGUAUGAUAUUCCGGCAGGGGCUUAUGUGGAGUUUUACACUGCUUGGGUUACAGAGAACCCGGAGAUAUGGUCGGAUCCGGGUAAGUUUCGACCCGAGAGGUUUUUAGCCGGUGGAGAUGGUGUUAAUGCUGACUGGACCGGGACACGUGGUGUAACAAUGUUGCCUUUUGGUGCGGGUCGUCGGAUCUGUCCGGCUUGGUCAUUGGGGAUUCUACACAUUAACUUGAUGCUUGCUAGGAUGGUCCAUUCGUUUAAAUGGAUCCCGCUUCCGGAUUCUCCACCCGACCCAACCGAGACUUACGCGUUUACCGUCGUGAUGAAGAAUUCUCUCAAAGCUCGGAUCCAGUCAAGGACUUGAUGGAUACAUUCGAGCUGGAACGGGUCAGGUUUGUGAUAUGUUAUGCUUUUGUAUUAAUAGUGUGGUUUGUUGCUAUCAUUUUCAAUAUAUAUUCCAAAGAUGCUUUUGUGUCUGAUGAUGUUAAACCAUAUAUUAUCAUAUGCAUUUCGGUUGGUUCAUGUGUUUGUACUUGUGUAACAGUAUUAAUAUGAAAAUUUAAUGCUAUUACAUUGUAUUAAA